AUGGAGGCAUUUCUAUCCACCUUGCCGCCCUAUGUCCAUGAAUUUCUCAAUCAAUAUCCUCCAACAGACGUCUUUAAUUUAUUGAAAGAAUUGAUUUGUUUUGCUGUUUUAUACAGCGAUGAUCGUGCAAGAAUCAACGAAGCGACGAAUGAGUUUCUCGAGAAAAAAAAGCUAUUGACAACGCUUGAAAAAGCUGAUGGCAGCGUUUUAGAAUCGACAUCAGCCCGAUCACAUGAAACUAUUGAAGAAGAAGAAGAGGAAGCAGAGGGCAAAGUAAAGAUUGACCAGGAAACAAAAAAGUUGGACUUACAGCAGAACGAUGAAAGAAAGCAAAAAACAGCCAGUUUACCGAGCACUUUUCCCGACUGGUGGGGGCAUCAUGAAGAGGAAUUAUUACCGUCGCAAAUCAGAAAAGAAAUCAAAGUAGCUAACAAUAACCAUAGCAGAGAGAUCAAAAAACAACAAAGCGUUGAUCUAGGAUGGGUUUCUUGUAAGCCUCCAUACAAUAAUGCUACUAUAAGCUAA